CGGGCGGCCCUAAAGGCGGCGGGCGGCGGCGGGCGGCCUGGCGGGCGAUGUGGCGGCGGCGGCGGCGGGCGAGGGGCGACGGCGGCGGGGGCGGGGGGGGCCGCUGGUGGCCGGCGGUGGUCCUGGUGCUGGCGCUGUCGGUGCCGGCGGCGCAGCCCCGCGGGCUGUACACGGCCGCUGACCCUUUGGAGCUGCUGGGGACGGGGGCGGAGGGGCGGCUGCUGGGCUCUCCCAGCGCCUGGGCCGUCGAGUUCUUCGCCUCCUGGUGCGGGCACUGCGUCCACUUCGCGCCCACAUGGCGGGCCCUGGCACACGACCUUCGCGAGUGGAGGCCUGCAGUGAUGCUGGCAGCCAUUGACUGUGCUGACGAGGCCAACCAGCAAGUGUGCAGCGAUUUUGGGAUAACCGGCUUCCCCACACUGAAGUUCUUCCGAGCUUUUAGCAAGAAGGCAGAGGAUGGGAUAAGGAUUACCAAUCCUAGCGCCACUGUUGAGGACCUGCGUCAUGCCAUCAUCACCAACCUGGAGCAAAGCCAGGACACCUGGCCACCCGCCUGUCCUCCACUGGAACCGGCAAGCAUGGAGGAGGUUCGCAGCUUCUUCCAGAGGAACAAGGACCAGUACCUGGCACUCAUCUUCGAGAAGAGCGACUCCUUUGUGGGCAGGGAGGUGGCGCUGGACAUGCUGCAGUAUGAGAACGUGGCGGUGAGGAGGGUGCUGAGCACCGAGGAGGAGCUCGUGGAGAAGUUCGGCGUCACCACCUUCCCCUCCGGCUACCUGCUUUUCCGCAACGGAUCCUUCUCCCGCCUGCCUGUGCACGUGGAGGCGCGCUCCUUCUACACCUACUACCUGCGCACGCUCUCAGGUGUCACCCGCGGCUCCUACAAGCUGAACACAACCGUUGAUGGUUCCAACGAGACCCGCAGGUCCCAGCCAAGGCGUGCUGACCGCUCCAAGGUGUACAUGGCUGACCUGGAGUCCACGCUGCACUACUCGCUGCGGGUGGAGGCUGCCCGCGCCGCUGCGCUGUCAGGAGCCCAGCUGGCCGCCUUCAAGUGCUACGUGGCCGUGCUCGUGAAGUACUUCCCCGGGCGCCCCUGCGUGCAGACCUACCUGCAGUCCCUGGACGGCUGGCUGAGCAACUGGACGGAGCCCGAGCUGCCCCGCAACACCUUGAAGGAGGCCAUGAAGAAUAACAAAGAUGCCUCCCACCCUGCUGUGCUCCCCACCAAUGUGACCUGGGUGGGCUGCCAGGGUACUGAACCCCAUUUCCGUGGCUACCCCUGCGGGCUCUGGACCGUCUUCCACCUGCUGACUGUCCAGGCUGCCCAGAGCGGCCCCAACAAAGAGCUGCCGUUGGAGGUGCUGAACACCAUGCGCUGCUACGUCCGACACUUCUUCGGCUGCCAGGAGUGUGCUCAGCACUUUGAGGCCAUGGCAGCUGAGUCCAUGGACCAGGUGGCGAGCCGGGAAGAGGCCGUCCUUUGGCUCUGGUCCCACCACAAUGAAGUCAACGCUCGCCUGGCGGGAGGUGACACGGAGGACCCCAACUUCCCCAAGCUGCAGUGGCCACCGCCGGACAUGUGUCCCCAGUGCCACAAGGAGGAGCGGGGGGUGCACGCCUGGGACGAGCCGGCCGUGCUCACCUUCCUCAACGCGCACUUCUCCCCCACCAACAUCUACCUGGACUAUAUUGAGCCUGACCCUGUCCCCAUGGCUGGGGAGAGGACAGGCACCAGGCUGGGCACCGAGAGCACGCGGGAGGUGAGGGAGAAGGAGGAGGAAGAGAAGGAAAAGGAGACGGAGGAUGAGAUGAGAGCUCCAGGGCGACCGGGCUCCCCCGAGCCGCGACGCCCCAGCAUUGUGCGGCUGAACCCCAAGCUGCGGGAGGCAGGCGAGGACAUCGUGGACCUGGACUCCUUCAGCGAGCAGCACUUCAAGAGCCAGGCGCUGCGAGCGGCGGCCAGCCGGCGCCGGCGGCUCAGCAAGCGGGAUACCGUUGCCCUGCCCCGGGAUGCUGGGGUGGGCCGGGAGCGCCGACGGGCUUCUGGUGUCCUGGUCCGGGAGGAGGAGGAGGCUGGGGAGAGUGUGCGGAGGACCCCCUGGCUGCGGGUGCUUGGCUUGGGAUUCUCCCGCCUGGACAUCAGCCUCUGCGUCGCCCUCUACUUCCUCUCCUCCUUGUGCCUCCUGGGCAUGUACACCUUCUUCCGCCUCCGUACCCGUGCCCGGAAAGGCCGCCCUGGCUUCCCCGUGGCCUGAGAGCGGUUGUGGGGUACCAGGGGCUGCCCCAAGGGUGGGUAGGAUGCUGAGCCGGGGCACCUCUGGGGACAGCAUUUUGUCCCCCAGCAUGAAGGGGUUUGGUGCAUCCCCCCUGGAGCUGCCUCGCUCGCAGCAGUUGCCUCACCCAGGGAGGGGGGGUGGAGGGUGGAGGGCUGGUUUUGGGGCAGAAAGAGGUGUCAGAGCAUCCCCCUCUCGGGUCGCGGUGCCAUACUUCCGGGUGCGUGGGAGCUGGGACACAGAUGGCAGUUUGUGUCUCGGCACCCAGCUGCCCUUGGGAGCUCCCCAGCUCUGGGCUGGUUUCAAACUGGGAAGCCCAGUCCUGUGCUGGGGAGCAGCCCUUUGGGGUCAAACCACUAGUGGGGCCAGGAGGGUGGGGGUUCAGCCCCCCAAAAAGUGGACACUGCUGGGUGGGGGGAUGGCAGUCAUGGAUUCAGCUGCAUUUUGUGUGUCCCCUGCCUCUCUCAGAAGUGCACCAGGGCCCCCCUGCCUUUCCUUGCCCCCUCUCCUCACUGUUGCUCACUCUCUGCUUGUUUUAGUGGAAUAAAUUAUUUUUGCCGAUGCCGGUCCCGCUGUGUCGGCUGGUCCCUGCCAUGCGGGCACACUGGGGCAGCACCUCCCGUCCCUGCCGUCCCCCCGUCGCCGGCUGUCCCCACGCUGGUCUUCCCCAUCACCCUGGGAAGAAGCCACUGGCUUGGUUUAAAUCCUUUAAAUAAUUUUAAAUGUUAUUAUUGUACAUUUUCUCCUGCUUUUUGCUUCUGAAUGCACCCAUGGCCGGCUGACCCCCAUACAGCCAGCAUGUCCCCGUGGUUGUGGUGGCUUGUGGCUCGUCCUGAAGCAGGGUGAUGAGGAGGGAGCCUGGGUGGGGGGACAGGAAGCUCCUGGAACAAAAUUGGCAUGAGCCAUGGAGCUGCAGUUUGGUGCUGGCCAUGCCUGUGGUCCAGAGCAGGGAGACUUGUGUGAGCAUCCUUGCAUCCCCCCGGGGACCGGGACCUCCGUGGGCGCGGGCCCCCUGCGCCUGUCCCCGAUUCUCUCUGCCCUUUUAUCCUUGUUAGGAAUCAUUACGGAAAAUGGUUGUUUUCCAGAGCUGGGGCUGGGGCCAUCUGCUCUCCCGGCGCUGCCUAAAUCCCCCUGUAACAAAUUCAUUGGGAUUACGCUGCCCUCCCCUAAUCCCGGCCCUUCCCCCCGUCCGGGGGAUUUAAAAGGAUUAGAGCCCGGCCGAUAAUAAACUUUAUUAAGGGGGAGGGGGGGUGUCAAUCCGAUUUGGAGCCUUUUUCUUGAUAUCUUCACUUUGCCCAGGUGGGAGGUGAGGGCUGGUGGGAUGGGGAAGGAGGAUGGCCGGCUCUGCUGCUUCCCCGGGCACUGGGAGCUCUGCCUUCUCCGGCCCUUCCUCCCC